AUGCUGCACUCGCGUCCUUCGUCUUCGGACGCAUACCAAGCCAACCAUCAGAGAGUUGGCUCCACCCCGAGGAGCAACUACCGCAGCUCGCCCUCGACCACUCCAGUGCAGCCGUAUGCUUUCCAAGCUACUCCUCACCUGAGACAAGAAUCUCGCACCAUCUCAGCCCCUUCGAAUGUGCCCCAGGCCCAACAAAAGGGUCACAAAAGCACCGGCUCCACCUCGACCACCUCUUCGGCUGAUCUCACUACAAAGACUCCGCCGCUGAGCCCUGGAAAGGACGCUUUCAUCAACCUCUCCUCCAACAUUCCCGACCUUUCAUUGACGUCGUUUGAAACAACGCCAAAAUCUUCUCCCAACAGAUAUCGCCGAACACCUCAGCGCGCCGAUUCCAACCACUCGCUACAACAAAAGGGUCCCUCGCCUGCGUCAUCAGCUGACAAUCUCCUGACACCUCCCGCUCCUCAGCUGAUACGCACCUCGAGCGAUGAUCUUACUGUCACAAAGUCCAGCACAUCCGAGUCGGCAAAGAGAUAUCGCCGACGAAGCUUGAACAGCUUGGAGAUGAGCAAACUUGAAGACGGCAACCAACGCCCCUCUUCGCAAGGCAAUGCCACCAUCCGACCUGUUUCGUUCCAUUCGCGGACUAGCAGCGGAGAUAGCACUGGUCGACGAGUACCGCCCUCUUCCACCCCUCCUGCCGAGUCGGGCAGAAUCUCUCCUGCUGCCGCUGGCAGUCCCGUAAAACUCCCCAUUCGUGGCAGUGCUACUAACCCCUCUCCUCUUUCAAAGUCGCCCAUUACUGGCACACCCCAGUCUCCGGAAGAAGAGACACCAAGGCGCGUAGCUGCGGGUCGACCUCAAAGCCCGGCUGCUCAGCAACUUGCUCAUCUCUCGGCCAAUGAUCUGAACAGAGGAAUGAGGUCACGUCUAAGACGAGCCUUCUCGUUUGGCGCUGCCCAAGAGAUGCGAAGAUCAAGUGAGAACUUGCCUCCUCAAGGACCCAUUAACCCCCUCGACGAGAUGGAUCCUGAGCAAGCUGCCAUCGCCAGACAACAAGAAGCUGCCGGAAUCGGCUCAAGCAUUUACACCGGCCAAGGCGGCUUCACUGGCUCUACAGACAACUUGUCCAUUUCCUCAACUGCUUCAUCUGCAUCCAUGAUGCUCCGUAAGAUGGGCAAGGGUAUGAAGAAGGGAGGUCGCUCGAUCAAGGGUCUGUUCAGGCCCAAGUCUGUCAUUGGAGUUCCUGCUGCCGAUGGGCCCAUCCAGCCCAGCAUGGCUCAGGUGUCGAUGGUGACGGUCGAGGCCGAGAGACAGAAAGUCAACGUGAACGCACACCCUGCCGAACAACCCGCUGGAGGGACUGGAUUCCCUAAGCUGGAGAAGAACUCGAUUGAGACUGCACGCAAGUCCAUGGACGGUCGUAAUGACUCCAUGCGCAAGAGCAUUGUAGGAAAUGACGCCGAACGAGCAGAAGUCCUGGCUGCAGUCAAAAAGGGUAUAUUAAAGCGCGCUGGAACUGGUUCACCCAUUGCUUCACCAGAUCUUCGCCCUCGCGAUGGCACUCUUUCUACCGACUCGCACAGUCCGGUAUCCAGUAUUCCCAACACACCCCGAGAUGAGCGUGGUUCGCGAAGCAUGUCCUCCACCACCAGCGACUACUUCAACAACCGCCUCGGUGUUUCGGCAGCUAAGAGCAUGCCUAGCACUCCUCAAGGAGGUUCGCGUAACAUCAGCUUCAGCCCUCGCAUCCAAUUUUAUGAUGCCUGGUCAGCUUCUGACUAUGAUCGCCGUGGAGACAUUGCAACAUGCAAUCGCCUGACCCCAAUGCUCGCCCAGCAGAUCAAGGAGGAGCUCAACACUUUCAAAAUGGAGAUGGAGGUGCACGAGCUAUCCAAGCCUCACACGCAUUUUUUCUAA